CGUUUUUUACAGCCCCAGCUCAUGUCCCCUGGCUGUGCCUGUUCCUCCUCUCCCGCUCUUUCUGCCCGUCCUCCCCCCGCCCAUCCCUGCCUGAGCAUCUCCUCACAUGUCUUGCCUCUCCCCUUUGCCGGAUCGCAACUCGGCUGAGAUGGCCAGCUCCCAGGAAGACGCUCCUCCUGCCUCCAUGUCUCCCUCCAAGCCGGUCCACGAGGAGCGUCAGUACCUGGAUCUGGUCCAGCGAGCGAUCGAGUAUGGCGAGUCGCGCAAUGACCGGACCGGCGUCGGGACACUGGCUCUCUUUGGCUGCAGCGCGCGUUACUCCCUGCGCGAUUCCUUCCCCCUGUUGACCACCAAGCGUGUUUUCUGGCGCGGUGUGGCCGAAGAGCUGUUCUGGUUCCUCGGCGCGCGCACCGACGGCAAGGAGCUCUCGGCGAAGGGUAUCCACAUCUGGGACGGCAAUGGCAGCCGCGAGUUCCUUGACAGCCGAGGGCUGCACCACCGGCGCGAGGGGGACCUUGGGCCCAUUUAUGGCUUCCAGUGGCGGCACUUUGGCGCCGAGUACAAGGACGCCGACACCGACUACACCGGCAAGGGCGUCGACCAGAUCGCCCAGAUCAUUGAGACCAUCAAGACCAACCCCACCGACCGGCGCAUUCUCUUCUCGGCCUGGAAUCCCGCGGCCAUUCCCGAGAUGGCUCUCCCUCCCUGCCACCUGAUGGCCCAGUUUUACGUGAACAUCGAGCGUGGCGAGCUGUCCUGCCAGUUCUACCAGCGCUCGUGUGAUCUUGGGCUCGGUGUGCCAUUCAACAUCGCCAGCUAUGCGCUGCUGACGUGCCUGAUUGCCCAUUGCACUGGCCUCCGGCCGGGUGAGCUGAUCCACAUCAUGGGUGACACCCAUGUGUACAAGAACCAUGUUGAUGCGCUGAAGGAGCAGCUCAAGCGCGAGCCGCGUCCCUUCCCCCAGCUGAAGAUCAACACCACCACCACCGACAUCAACGCCAUCACCUUUGAGGAUCUGGAGAUCAUCGGCUACAACCCGCACCCUCGGAUUAGCAUGGAUAUGGCUGUUUGAAAGGUCAACGCUCCUCAUUAACCUCCCUUCCUGAGCGGGGACCCCCUCAAUGUACUAUCCUAUGGUUUUUCCUCUUCCCCCCCCCCCCCCGCC